AUGUCUGUAUUACAGUAUCAACGUGAUUACGAAGGGCAACCGGAUUCAAGCAUUCUCCUCAUCGCUAUGAUUGUGUUCUGCCUUUCUGUGGCAACUACAAACGCCCAAUUCUUCGGCUAUCCCUACAUGGGCCUAGGAUACGGUUACGGUGGCCUUGGUAUGAUGGGACUCGGAUACGGCAUGGGAGGUUAUGGCAUGUGGCUACGAUAA